AUGGGCUUCUUCACCGGCUUCCAGGUUGGCGGAUUUGCCUUCACAUCAUCCGCUCUUUAUAUCACCAUCCAAGUCCAUCGCUCAACACGCAUAGCGCAGCGCAAAGCCAUUCGCGAACAAGUUGACCAAAUAGACUGGCUAGUCUCUUCUUCUGGUGCAUAUGAUCGUCGCAAUCUUCCAACAGAACUUCCUCGGCGUCGUCGCGAAGAACUAGAAGCUCAAAAACUGGCAGAGCCGACUACGAAGGAGAUACUCAAGCAAAGAUGGAACAAAGAGGUUGAGACCUUGACGAGGAAGGCUUAUGAGACGAGAUGGCAGGAUAUCAGAGAUACUGCUGCCGACGGAUGGAAGGCUGCUGCGCAGAUCCUGAAGCGCGAAUAA